GUGUGUCUGAAAUUUUUCAGAAAUCUGUGGAGUGGGCAGACAACAGGCCGGUGCAAAGCUGCCUUUUUACCACCCGCGCCUGCAAGGAGGAGGUGGAGAGUAGGAGGAAGAAUGGAUGAAGCUAAAAAGGGGGCAAAUAUGGCCGCAGACGGCGUUGAUGGGCCGGCGGGGACGCGGACGCGCGCGCCGAGCGACGACCUGGUGAGAGCAGUGUCUCUCCACAGCCGCAGGCCACGCGUGCUGCACGGGACGGUCUUCCCGUUCCUCAUCCUCUACCCGGCCUGUUUAUAUACGUGGUUUGGUGUUUACGGGGCAGCGGAGUACGUUGAGGCCGGACUGCUGGCUCUCGCAGCUCUCGGGAUCGCGCACGUCCUGACGGUGCUUUCUGGAUACUGGUCCGUGCACGCGCACUGCCUGCUCACCUGCUCGAAGGAGUCUGAUCCAGCCAAAGCCACAUUUGCAAAAGUUAUACCAACACCCAAUAAUGGCUCAGCAGAAUUAGUGCCUCUUCUGAGGGAUAAGGAUGAGGAUGGAGCAGAAAUCCUGUCCUUUGAGUUCCAGAAGAUCUGUUAUGUGUACGACGGCGAGGAGAAGAAGCAGUUUCUGCCGGUGGCGUUUCCCAUCAGCUUUCCCAUGAGCCAUUUCCAGAACUGGAGAGGCUAUCAGGAGGAGGUUCAGUUGCGGGCCGCGGAGAAGCGAUAUGGCACCAACCGUGCAGAAAUGGUGGUGCCGGACUUCCUGGAGCUCUUCAAGGAGAGAGCCACAGCACCCUUCUUUGUCUUCCAGGUGUUUUGUGUUGGUCUGUGGUGUUUGGACGAGUACUGGUACUACAGUGUCUUCACGCUCUUUAUGCUGGUGGCCUUUGAAGCGUCACUGGUGCAGCAGCAGAUGAGGAACAUGUCUGAAAUCCGCAGAAUGGGGAACAAGCCUUACAUGAUCCAGGUUUAUCGAAACAGAAAAUGGAGGCCUAUAUCCAGUGAUGAGCUGGUGCCUGGAGACAUCGUCUCAGUUGGACGUUCUCCUCAGGAUAACCUGGUCCCAUGUGACGUGCUGCUGCUGAGGGGCCGCUGCAUUGUGGAUGAAGCCAUGCUUACAGGAGAGUCUGUGCCGCAGAUGAAGGAACCUAUAGAGGACCUGGACCCUAACAGGAUCCUAGACCUGCAGACUGACUCCCGACUUCACAUUAUUUCAGGCGGCACCAAAGUGGUUCAGCACAGCCCACCACUGCGAGCCAGCGCAGGCCUAAAACCUGUAGACAACGGCUGUGUUGCUUAUGUUUUAAGAACGGGCUUCUACACCUCUCAGGGCAAAUUAUUGAGAACGAUUCUGUUUGGUGUGAAAAGGGUAACGGCCAACAACCUGGAGACUUUCAUCUUCAUUCUGUUCUUAUUGGUUUUUGCCAUUGCGGCUGCUGUGUAUGUUUGGGUCGAAGGGACAAAGGAUCCAAGCAGAAACAAGUAUAAGCUGUUUCUGGAGUGCACGCUGAUCCUGACGUCAGUGGUUCCUCCUGAAUUACCCAUAGAACUUUCGCUGGCUGUUAACACAUCUCUCAUAGCCCUGGCCAAACUCUAUGUGUUUUGCACAGAACCUUUCAGGAUCCCCUUUGCUGGGAAAGUGGAGAUCUGCUGCUUCGACAAGACCGGCACUCUGACCAGCGACAGCUUGGUGGUCCGUGGAGUCGCAGGGCUCAGAGAGGGGAAACAAGUGAUGCCAGUAUCAGAGAUUCCAGUGGACACUCAUCGGGUGGUGGCCACAUGUCAUUCGCUGGUCACUCUAGAUGAUGGUCAGCUGGUGGGGGAUCCCCUGGAGAAGGCUAUGCUGACCGCAGCAGACUGGACGCUCACUAAAGAUGAGAAGGUGUUUGCUCGCAGCAUAAAGACUCCAGGGCUGAAGAUCCAUCAGAGGUUUCACUUCACCAGCGCUCUGAAGAGGAUGUCUGUGCUGGCGUCAUAUGAGCGCAUGGGCUCCACCGAGCUCUGCUACAUCUCUACUGUGAAAGGAGCCCCGGAGACCCUCAGAAACAUGUUCUCGGAGUGUCCGGCCAGCUAUGACGAGGUGCACAGAGAGAUGUCCCGCGAGGGAGCCCGAGUGCUGGCGCUGGGAUAUAAAGAGAUGGGCCACCUGAGCCAUCAGCAGGUGAGAGAGGUGAGCCGUGAGCAGCUGGAGUGUGACCUGCGCUUUGCUGGAUUCAUGGUCGUGUCUUGUCCUCUCAAGUCAGACAGCAAAGCAGUGAUCAGAGAAAUACAAGAGGCAUCACACCAUGUUGUAAUGAUCACAGGUGACAACCCUCUAACAGCGUGUCACGUGGCCAGAGAACUGCAUUUCAUCCAGAAAGAGCACACAUUGAUCCUGCAGCAGAGCUCCAGUCAAGCUGAAUGGCAGUGGGUGUCUAUCGACGGCAGUGUGUCUCUUCCUCUUCCUCCAUCUUCAGUGUCAGAACUGAUUCAGCGGUACGACCUCUGUGUGACCGGAGAGGGACUGGCCAGGCUGAAGUUUGACCCGCAGCUGCUCAGCGCUUUGCUUCCUCACGUGCGCGUCUUUGCUCGUGUCAGCCCUAAACAGAAGGAGUUUGUCAUAACUAGUCUGAAGGGACUGGGUUUUGUUACGCUGAUGUGUGGUGACGGCACAAAUGACGUUGGCGCACUCAAACAUGCACACAUAGGCGUGGCCUUGUUAGCGAAUGCUCCUGAGCGGAUGCCUGAGAAGAAGAAAAGGAACAAAGAGAAAGAGUAUUCAUCUGGAGAGUCCAGACCUGGACCCCCUGUCCCAACCUCAGGAGGCAAACUGAGCUCCCGCGCAGCCAGACAGAGACUCAUGGCCCAGAGAGAGGAGCAGCUUGCUGCACAGAAGGAGAGGAUCAGUCAGGUGCUGCGGGAGUUAGAAGAGGACCAAAUUCAGGUGGUCAAACUGGGUGAUGCCUCCAUUGCUGCUCCGUUCACCUCCAAACUGUCCUCCAUACAGUGCAUCUGUCACGUGAUCAAGCAGGGCCGCUGUACUCUGGUCACCACACUGCAGAUGUUCAAGAUCCUGGCGCUGAACGCUCUGAUUCUGGCCUACAGUCAGUCCGUGCUUUACCUAGAGGGCGUCAAAUUCAGUGACUUCCAGGCCACUCUUCAGGGCCUGCUGCUGGCCGGCUGCUUCCUCUUCAUCUCGCGCUCAAAGCCUUUGAAGUCUUUGUCUAAGGAGCGGCCUUUACCAAACAUUUUCAACCUGUACACGGUCCUCACUGUGCUGCUGCAGUUUGCGGUGCACUUCUGCAGUCUGGUGUACCUCUACAAGGGAGCGCAGACCAGAAGCCCACCCAGGUCAGAGCAGUUUGUGGACCUGUACAAAGAGUUUGAGCCCAGCCUCAUCAACAGUACUGUAUACAUCAUGUCCAUGGCCAUGCAGAUGGCCACCUUUGCCAUUAAUUAUAAGGGUCAUCCGUUCAUGGAGUCUCUCACUGAGAAUCGGCCCUUGCUGUGGAGCAUCGCUAUAUCAGGUCUCGCCAUAGUUGGACUGUUGACAGGAUCUUCACCUGAGUUCAACGAGCAGUUUGCCUUAGUGGACAUUCCAACUGAGUUUAAGUUAAUAAUAGCCCAGGUCCUUGUUGUGGAUUUUGUCGCCGCCCUGCUGGUGGACCGAGUGUUGCAGUUCCUGCUGGGCAAAGGAACCCUGCGGUUGCCGAAAUGAACUGUUUUUUGCCGACAGUCACCAGAGCAGCUGCUGCCCCUCGUGACCAGACUGUGAACGGGCUUUACAGGAACACGGUUCUGGACCGCUGGCACACACGGACGGGCGUGAAACUCAAUACUGUACACACCCCAGUGUUCCCUCUCUCUUCCCAGUCUCUGUCUGCGCUCUCUUUUAAUACUCUCACUUCAUUUUCUGUCUACUGACGUCUUUAACCACCCCUCCGCUCUGACGGCCAACAAAACGACAGUAUUGUGCUGAGGUGCGAGUGUGUGUGCGUGUGUGUGUAGUGCGGGUGAAGCACACGGCUGUGACGGGGCAUUCUGAAGAAGUGUUUCUUUUUUUUGCUUUUGUUUUCAUCAUUUUGUAAAAAGACGAUUCUCAGAGAGACUUAUAAAUGACCAUAAAACA